AUGGCGUCUUUUAUACAAGGCUAUGAUGAGGAAAGGUUUGCGAGCACAGUCAAUCGAAAUUUCCUGUGUUUGAUUUGCUCCAAUGUCCUUAAAGACCCGGUUCUGUGUCCGAGAAAUCAACAUUGUUUCUGCCGUUCUUGUAUUGCGAAACACCUCGAGAAUUCUCGAAGAUGCCCUACGUGUGCGGGCGAACUGACCGUAGAGACUCUAGCUGAACCCAACAGAAUGGUGAAAGAUUAUUUAAAUGAACUGAACAUUCACUGCGUUUACAACAACAGAGGUUGUCACGAGAUCCUACAACUGCAAUAUCUUGACAGCCAUGAGGCUACAUGUGGCUUUAUACCAGCCGUUUGUACAAACCAAGGCUGUGGUGUAACUUUAAACCAGCGUGAUCUUAUUCACCAUCAAAGUGAACUAUGUGAAUUUCGCAAGUUGAAGUGCCACUCGUGCGGAGAAAUGGAGAAAAGAAUGGCGAAUCUCGAGAAGAAUAUGGAGAGAAAUGCGGCAGAUAUGGAAGGAAAACUCGAAGCAGUAAAUAAUGAAGUGAGAGGAUUGAAAACAGCUUUGAUUGAAGGUUUUGAUGAAAUGAAGGAUGUUCUUGUCAAGAUGGAGGACAAGAUAGAAGAAAACACAAGAAAAGUAAGAAAUACAGCAAGUGGUGAUAAGGAAAAUAUAAUUGUUGCUGGAGGUGUACGAACUGACUCUGCAGAGAUGUUUAACUGGCGUCAAAGAACAUGGUCGCCAUUACAAUCCUUGCCAAAGCAGCGUUUUGGAGCGAAUUCAUUUGUUUACAACAAUCAUGUAACAGUUGCUGGAGGUUACUUGUACUGUUCUGGCUAUUUUCAUGGUAUGAUUACAAUGAAUACCCACCCAAACCCUGAUCUCUCAAUGCACUGGAGUGACUGUCCUGUUAAACUACCUGCUAAGUUGGCAUACCACGGCAGUGUGCUGUAUAAUGAUCACUUGAUGGUCACUGGUGGUUAUAGUGGGAAUGCAGUAUCUGACUAUAUUCAUGAAAUCCCGCUAGUGACUCCCUAUACUGUGAAGACCUUAUCAAGAAUGCCAGAACCAAGACGGGAUCACAGCACGCAAUUAUUUGAUGAUAACUUAUUGAUCGUUGGCGGAAAAACAACUGGCAGAUACCAAGACAACCUCAGCAGUGUCGUACUGUAUGAUAUAAAGAAGAAUGAAUGUAAACAGUUGUCACCACUGCCGUAUGAAGUGAGUGAGAUGACAACUGUGAGAUGGGGAGACAACAUCGUCGUUUUCGGUGGCGCUGACAAACGUUGCAAAGCAUUGGAUACAGUUAUCAUUUACUAUGUUAAGACUGAGCACUUGCUGCCGUCAAUGAGAUGUAAGAGACGAGGAUGCACUGCAGUUGUUAUUGGAAACAACAUUGUCGUAUUGGGAGGGAAGGAUGAGCAAGGUGAACUGAAGUCAGUCGAAGCUUUCAACUUUGAAAGUUACACUUGGGAAGAACUUCCAGAAAUGUCUCAAGCAAGAUACCUGCACACUGCUGUUGUUGUGUGA